AGGUCCUCCUUUGCCGAUGUACGAAACAAGUGAUCAAAUGCUAGAAGGAUCAGUCCUCCCACGACUGCUCGGUAUUAGGGAAGCCUACUACAUUGGCGGGAAUUUGUCCCGACUAGGUCUUCUUGCUGAAGCUGAACUGUUUUUUUUUCAACAGAUCCCUCUGUGCGCGAACGUAAUUCACUUUUUUUUUCCUCUAAGUGGAAGUGCGAGUAAGUGAUUUUUGGAUCUAUGUGCAGGCUACAGGUACAACAGUCUAUGUCCGCAGCCUCGUCCACGUCCUUGUAAGUCGUACUCGUCAUAGAACCAGAACUGUGAGCAAGAAAGUAUUCAAAUCGGUGAUCAAUGCUUUUUCGAAAGGAAAAUCAUAAGAUAGAUUGAUACAUGAUUCCGCAACCUCAACUACUUCGGUAAUUCGGCAGAACCAUGCGUGGCGAAGUCUUUCUCGUUCGGAAGUCCGCGGCUUUGCUGCACCGCGCGGCCCGCGUGCGAACAGCCCAGCGAAUUUUUGAUGGGGAAAAUGCGGUUGCGGCCGUUGGAAGGAUAAGAAGGAGAGACAGUAAUUACGCCCUCACGCCGGGUGACUCGCAAGCCAAGUCCCCCUUUAUUCCAGUUUCUUGCCAUCGAAAAAAUUUCGCGACCACUUCUGGGCGUCAGUUCCGCGUCGCGGGAACGUCGAUGGGCGUCGGUGUCCGUGCUGCCACCUGUAGCGCAGCUGUUGUUGUGCCACGGUCGUUAUGCAAUGUAAAGCUGGUGCAUAUCUGGGUCUGAUAUCCUUACAGCAUGCGCUGUUCUCUUGAGAUGACACACAUACCUGCGAAAGAGACGUGCUUGGAUAUUUUGGCAUGGUGCCCUCGGUAGAGCGAACCGCAUUGUGCUGGAUCAUUUACAGCACAUGUUUGCAUUCGCUUUCAGGAGUAGACUCGGACAUGUAUGCAUUUGCGCUUUGGAUAACCCUUCUCUUCAUCGUCCUCAUCCUCUUCUUCCUCUGCUUCCAUAGCGAGUAACAUUCGUGCCCGGGUGACGGACUUUUUUUCCGGCAGUACGUCUACGAAUCUGGGGACGACGUCCUCAAGGGCGGCUGAAAUUAACAACAGAGGGAACAACGACGAAACUGCGCCUGAAAGUAGCACAAGAUCUUCUCGCCUUUGCCCCAAAACGGGUCUGCCGCUUAGUGAGGUCGCCGGUGGUCGCAGUCUUUUCGCUUCCACUUCGGGUCAACACGGAGGGCAACAGCACAGUGCGGACAGGCACGGGACGAUCGCAAGCCACUCGGGUCUUCGUUCUCAUGCGCACAGCAACAGCAAGGCCAAGACCUUCACGACUCCGUAUCAUCUUCACACCAGAAACUACAACAAUUUUCUCGAUAUUCCCGAGCUGCAGCGGCCGGCAGAUUUCCCGAAGCUCGCGCAGGCAGUGGUGGAUUUCGCGGAUGAAGAAAUGAAGGAAUUGAAACGCGUGAACCAGGCCUGGUUUGAACGUGCUUCAUCGUCGGAAUUUUUACAAGAGCAAAACUUAGCGACAGAAGAGGAUAGAAUUCAAGCGCGGGGGCAGGGCCAAGAGCAAGAUCAGAGGAAUUCUCCUCCGCUCUCUUCAUCUUCUGCCAGCCAGCCUCUCCCUCCGAUGAUGAGUACCAAAACGCUUCUGCGCACUCUGGACAACGUGUCAGCGAGUUUGUGCAACAUCGCGGACGCGUAUGAGAGUGCACAGCCCCCCUUGAUCCUCAUUUGUCAUGCAAAAUACCAAACACCACGAGAAUCGGUAGUCAGUUUGUCAUGCAGAGGCAAGCUGCAUCUUGAGUUGAUCUUUGCCCAGCCAGAGCUUGUGUUGCUGUGGAUGCCAACAUCCAAAUGAGGUGGAGGGGGAGCGGAACUUAUGCACUCUCAUAGGGCGGCGGAGCUGACGCGGAAUGUAACGCCGCCGGACAGCAAGUGGCACGACGCAGCGAACGACGCGGUGAACCUGAUCGCGCAGUACAUGUCCGUUGUGAAUUUGGAUGAGGAGGUGUUCGAAAUCUUGAAAAAGCACCACGAGUUACGUUUGUUGAAAAGGAACGACAUCAUCAAGUGUGAUUCUGGUGCUGGUCAUCUUGAUCUUUCAGAGCGACCGACAUCUUCCACUCCGCCGUGUCCUUCCGACGAGGCGCUGUCACUGGAGGAAGCCACGGUUUUUCGGCACAUGGUCGAAUCUAUGGGCAACGAGGGCGUGGGCAUGCCGCCGGAGAAAAAGGAGGAGUGUCUCGCGCUGCAGCAAACGGAGCAGGAGCUUUCCUUCUGUUUGGCCGGCGGAAUCUCAAAUCAAAACCAGCAGAGCGGUAACAGCAGUGCCGCAACGCAGGAUGGCCAGCGGUUAGGAAAAGGGAAUAAUUUACAUAAGAAUGCGUCCGUAAAAUGAAAAUCAAGAUGGUUUGCGUCCGUAAAAUCAAAAUGUUUUUCGGAGCAAUUAGAAGUAAGUCCAAGUUGUGCGUUUUUCCUUUUUGGAUGAUUUGAUGUGCGGGACAGAUACUUAUGUAGUUUCUUCCUUUUUCAUUUUCAUACUCGAACUCGUCGGACUUCUGGAUAUCGUACGCGGAGCUCGAGAAGCGACUGGAGCAAGCAGCAGCAGCCGCCAGCCCAUCAUCGUCUGCAGAGCAACUACGUCCAACCACGAGCGCGACUCCAGGACGUGAUUCCAGAAACCACUUCCGGGCCUUGCUACCCUACCUAGAGCAGCGGGAUUCAUCAACUUCAGGCUCAGGGAAGAGGUACGGCUUCUUUUCCCGAGGAAGAAAUACUACUGAAGAAAAUAGUGCAAAAAAUUCAGAUGCCGGUGGUGGCCGAGAAAUCAACCUGGGCGGCGAGCGCAUGCGGGAGAAUCCUGCCCUCGCGGAUGUGGUGCUAAAAACGUGUCCGAUCGAACAGGCCCGGGAGAAGAUUUUUCAGGUCGUGCACAUAGAAGAGAACCCGGAGCUCGAACGCGCGUUAGUCGAACUGCUGCUGACGCGAACCCGGCUGGCACAACUACGGGACUACGAAAACUGGAACGUGUACGCGCAGAGGGAUGGGAUUCUCAACUUCGCUAGUAAUUCUACGACUUCCAGAGAACAAGGGGAAAAUAAUUCUUCAUCUGCUCGUGCCGACUUGUCCAUUUCAUCCAGCAAGAAUGAAUCUGCAGAGGGUGGUCUUACACGCCAAGAACAUGACCACGGUCCGCAAACUUCCGCCGCCGCAACCGCGAACGCAAACGUGACCCGGUUUUUGGAGAAGGCCUGGGCUGCCCUUUUGCCGGGAUUGAAGAAAGAGCUUCGGCAGUUGGCGGAGAUGAAAUACGCCGAGAAAAUGGCAAUGCAGGGAAGGUCACAGAACAUCAAAGAUUCAGAUUCAGAUUUCGUUUCUUUAAACCCCUGGGACAUUGCGUACUUCGUGGAAAAGAGCAAAACGUCCGUGGAUAACAAGAAAAAAAAGGCGGCUUACAACAUCACAUCGACCACGACCUACGACUCUUUGAUCUCCGGCGUGAACUUGAUUUUGCAGAAAUUUCUGCACGUCAACUUCACCGAGGUCACACCGCACAAAAACGAGACGUGGCACGCCAGUGUGCGAAAAUUCGAACUGCGACGCGAGGGGACGACAGUUGCAAGGGAGGCGACUAAAAGCGAAACAGACGAGGAGGGGUCGUCGUCCCUUAUCGGCAUUCUGUACAUCGACGCAUUACCGAGGCCCGAGAAACGCGUCCAAUCCGCACAGUUUACCUUGCAAGGGUCCAGAGAAGUAGCUUUGACUUUGUCCGAAGAGGACGCCAGCACAACUUCCCCGCAUGUCGUGCAGCAUCAAGAAGAGCAGACUGCCGCGGCGAAUACUACUUCUAAAACCGCGUAUGUGAUUCCGAAAACCGCCCUCGUGUGCAGCAUCCCGGAGAAAAACAUCAGCAGACUCGCCGCGAUCACGUUUUUCCACGAGGUGGGCCACUGCGUGCACUCGCUGCUGAGUAAGACGCAGCUGCAAUCGCUGUCGGGAACGCGCGGCGCGGUGGACUUUGUCGAGUUCCCGAGCCACCUAUUUGAGUACUUUGUGCUGGACGAAGCGGUCAUGCGAAAGUGGAGCGGACAGGGAGAAGGUGCUGGAGGUGGACCACAGCCUGGUCAAACUACUAUCCCGCGUGACGCACAGGACAUUCACAUUUCCGAGAUCAGUACAGAGACCGCUUUUCCCUUCCUCGAAGCGUGUCAGCAGCUGCUUUUUGCGUUGGUAGACCAGAAAUUUUACGACUGCGGCACCGAGAUUUCGAGCGUGGAAGACAUGCGGGAAAAACUUUCCGCUGGACUUUUGGAUUCCCUCCCGGAUCUGGGAAAGCACGUGGCGCUGCGAAGAAUUAUCGGAGGUGCAGGUGCGGGAAGGACGAGUAAUGGAAGUGAACAAGCAGACGAGAAUUCCUGUAGAGCUCCGAAAUUCGAGUUAGUCUUGACCGACGAGGCAUUGGAGAACGACAACACACUGCAAGCACCGCGAACCCUGCGAAACCUUCUGACGCCCAUGCCGUUGUCCAAAUUUGAGCACUUGGUACACUACGGCGGCAGCUACUACUGCUAUCUGUUGAACAAGGUGCUUGCCUGUCACGUUUGGCGCAACAGUGGGUUCGCACGCUUGGAAAACGGCGAGCGGUUGAAGAAAUUCAUGGAAACCGGGUCGGUGCAUGGGAAGAUGGACAGCAUUUUGCGACUUUUGGACGGAAACGAAGCUUCUACGCUGAAUCGAGCAGGAGAAGACGGUAGAAGAGAAAAUGACACGGCAACAAGGACGGUCGAUUUUGAUGCGUUCCUGGACACAUAUGUGAAGGAGCUCAAUGCGCAGUCAACAUCUUCUUGCAGCUGAUCGUCAGUCCUUGAUAAAAUCUUGUCGCCCGUCGAAGCACCGAAAAGAAUGAAAAACGAACAACAGCACGGCGGCGAUUCACAUCGCCUGGCGAUCUUAACUCCCCCAGCUGCAGAACGGUGAAUGUUCUGUCGUGUUUUGUACUUCUGCACUGCCAACCUUCAUCUUCACAUAAAUACAUCGACAGCACAGCGAGAUCAUGCCGCUCCUCCAUUGCAUUUGUAGCGAC